CGGGAGCGGCGGGGCCGGGCCGGGCCGGGCCGGGCUGGGCGCAGCGCGGAGGUGACUCUGCUCGCCCGCAGCGGGGAUGCUGCUGCCGCCGCGGCCGCCGCCGCCGCUAGCACGGGGACUGCAGGCGGGAGAGCGGGUGGCCGCGGCGCCCGGCGGCAUGUGAGCAGCGGCGGGAGCGCUCCCCGAGCCCCGCGGCAGCGCUAAGGGGGCCCCUCCCUCCCUCCCUCCGGCGGCGGUCCAGCCCGCCCGGGGGCGCAGCGCGGAGGCGGGCGGGCAUCCCCGCUCCAGCCGCCCGCCGGGAGACAGCAGGAGCGGCCACAAAGCGCCGCCGCCCGCCCUCCUCCGCACGCCCCUGCCAGCCCCGCUCCCGGAGAGGCACGGAGGGGGCUCCCCUCGUCACCUUCUCGCCGCCCGGUCCAUGGGAGGAGCGGGCCGCCUCCCCCGAGGAAGCGCCGCCGCGGCUCGCCGGGACUGAGCGGAGCGGCCGGCGGCCGGCGCGGCGGGAGGAUGCCACUGCUGCGGAAGGCGCUGCGCGUCUCCAACCGCUCCAUGCUCGCCUUCAUCUUCUUCUUCUCCUUUUCCUCAUCCUGCCUCUACUUCAUCUACGUGGCCCCCGGGAUCGCAACCACAUAUCUCUUCAUGGUGCAAGCUCGUGGUAUAAUGUUGAGAGAAAAUGUAAAAACAAUAGGACACAUGAUAAGAUUGUAUACUAACAAAAAUACUACACUGAAUGGUACAGAUUAUCCUGAAGGAAACAAUUCUAGUGACUGUGUUGCUCAAACAACAAUGUAUCUUCCAGAGAAUUUCACCUACUCUCCUUACCAGCCUUGUCCAGAGAAGCUGCCUUACAUGAGAGGCCUUAUUGAUGUCAAUAUGAGUGAAAUUAGUUUUGAUGAAAUUCAGCAACUCUUUUCAAAAGAUUUAGACAUUAAACCAGGAGGACACUGGAAACCAAAUGACUGUAAGCCACGGUGGAAGGUGGCUAUCCUUAUUCCUUUUCGGAAUCGUCACGAGCAUCUUCCAAUUUUUUUCCGCCAUCUGAUACCCAUGCUGCAGAAGCAGCGGCUGGAAUUCGCCUUCUAUGUUGUUGAACAGACAGGUACACAACCUUUUAAUCGUGCAAUGCUCUUUAAUGUUGGCUUCAAGGAGGCUAUGAAGGAUGCUGUCUGGGACUGCAUAAUAUUCCAUGAUGUGGAUCACUUACCUGAAAAUGACAGAAAUUACUAUGGAUGUGGAGAAAUGCCACGCCACUUUGCAGCAAAGCUGGACAAGUACAUGUAUAUCCUUCCAUACAAUGAGUUCUUUGGAGGUGUAAGUGGCCUGACAGUGGAACAAUUCAAGAAGAUCAAUGGUUUUCCAAAUGCCUUUUGGGGAUGGGGUGGAGAAGAUGAUGAUCUUUGGAACAGAGUUCACUAUGCUGGCUACAAUGUGACAAGACCAGAAGGUGAUUUAGGGAAGUACAAGUCCAUUCCUCAUCAUCACAGAGGUGAAGUCCAGUUUUUAGGACGAUACAAACUUCUGAGGUAUUCCAGAGAACGUCAGUACAUUGAUGGGUUGAACAAUUUAGUAUAUACUCCUAAAAUACUUGUCAGUAGGCUGUAUAAAAAUAUAACUGUUAAUCUCAUACCAGAACUCGCUCCUGUUAGAGACUAUUGAUGGAAGUGGAAUGGUAAGAUACCCUACCAGAAUAAACUUUUAACACUGGAACCUACUGAUAAACACUGUAAAACAAAAAAAAAAAAACAAAA